CCCCGGCCGGGUUGGGGCUGCAGGGGCGGAGCCGCGGUCGGCGGGUUUGUCUCAGAAUUUAGAUCUGUCUGUGACCGAUUCUACGAGUUGUGAAGGUGAUUCCAAAACCACCCUGAGGCAAAGACAGUUUCCCUUAUUCUGAAAAAGAGAAACUUUUUGAAGGUCCUGAAGUGACUCUCUGAAGACUUCGUUUUUGAAAAUUUAAAAAGCAAAAACAAUUCUGUUUUAAUAAAUGAAGGAGAAUAAAGAAAAUUCCAGCCCUUCUGUAAACUUGGCAAACCUGGACCAUACAAAGCCAUGCUGGUACUGGGAUAAGAAAGAUUUGGCACAUACACCAUCACAGCUUGAAGGGCUUGAUCCAGCUACGGAGGCACGAUACCGCAGGGAAGGGGCCAGAUUCAUAUUCGAUGUGGGAACACGUUUAGGGCUACAUUAUGACACUCUAGCAACCGGAAUAAUUUAUUUCCAUCGUUUUUAUAUGUUUCAUUCCUUCAAACAGUUCCCAAGAUAUGUGACAGGAGCCUGCUGUCUCUUCCUAGCAGGAAAGGUUGAAGAAACACCCAAGAAGUGUAAAGAUAUAAUUAAAACAGCUCGUAGCUUGCUAAAUGAUGUACAGUUUGGGCAGUUUGGAGAUGACCCAAAGGAAGAAGUGAUGGUACUUGAAAGGAUCUUACUACAAACAAUAAAGUUUGAUUUGCAAGUGGAACAUCCAUACCAAUUUCUUCUCAAAUAUGCCAAACAACUCAAAGGAGACAAAAAUAAAAUUCAAAAACUGGUUCAAAUGGCAUGGACUUUUGUCAAUGACAGUCUCUGCACUACACUGUCCCUGCAGUGGGAGCCUGAGAUCAUAGCUGUUGCAGUUAUGUACUUAGCAGGUCGUUUGUGUAAGUUCGAAAUACAGGAAUGGACAUCAAAACCUAUGUACAGACGAUGGUGGGAGCAGUUUGUCCAAGAUGUUCCUGUUGAUGUUUUGGAAGAUAUCUGUCAUCAGAUCCUGGAUCUAUACUCACAGGGAAAACAGCAAAUGCCUCAUCAUACUCCUCAUCAGUUGCAGCAGCCACCAUCUCUUCAGUCUACACCCCAGGCACCUACAGUACAGCAGUCACAGCAAUCCCAGAGUUCAGAGCAAUCCCAGACACAGCAGCAAAAAGAGUCUCAGCAGUCAGCGCAGCAACAGCAGCAGCAGCAGCAAACACAAGCACAGCAAUCCAAAAAACCCUCUCCCCAGUCAAGUCCUCCUAGACAGAUUAAGAGACCAGCAGCUGUAUCUCCAAAAGAAGAAACAAAGGCAGCAGUUUUAGAACUGAGUGUUAAAGACUUGAGAUUUGACCUGUGUUCUCAAGUAAUGUUUCCAAAUAUGGGAGGCAGUAUUCAGAAGCUGUUCUUGCCACUAUCCUUCAAAAAAAAAAAAUCUUCUUUUCCAGAGCGCAAGCCUCCUUUGACAACAGCAGUUUCAAUGGGAGAACCAGAGCAAUCUACUACUGUGGACUCAGUAGAUAUGCCAAAGGUCCAGAUCCCUCCCCCUGCUCAUCCUGCCCCAGUACAUCAACCUCCACCUCUGCCACAUCGUCCCCCACCCCCACCUCCCACCAGUUAUAUUACAGGGAUGUCUACUACAAAUUCUUACAUGUCGGGGGAGGGCUAUCAAAGUCUGCAGUCAAUGAUGAAAACAGAAGGACCAACAUAUGGAGCUUUACCACCGGCCUAUGGACCACCAGCUCAUCUACCAUAUCAUCCUCAUGUCUACCCUCCCAACCCUCCACCACCAGUUCCACCUCCACCCCCUGCUUCUUUCCCCCCACCCAAUAUUCCACCUCCUACUCCUGGAUAUCCUCCUCCACCCACAUACAACCCUAAUUUCCCACCUCCAAGACUGCCUCCAACUCAUGCAGUACCACCUCAUCCACCUCCAGGGCUGGGAAUGCCACCAGCUAGUUAUCCCCCUCCUACUGUUCCCCCAGGUGGACAGCCACCUGUACCACCUCCAAUUCCACCACCUGGUAUGCCACCUGUAGCAGGACUUGGACGUGCUACAUGGAUGAGAUAGCAUGAGGUCAUUUGCACGAUAUACCUUUAUGUUGAUUAGGCAGGAGUAGAUAGCCAAAACCUACAUUGUAAAGAUGAAGAGGAGGGUAAUCUGUAUAAUUUAGAGGAAGAAAUGAAAGUAAAUGAAAAUUUAGCUGAUCUGUUUGCAGUAUGGUUUAUGGUGAGUUAUAUAGGCUUCUAGAUUUUAAUCAGCUUUGCAGUAUCUAUUCUAACUUUAUACAUUUGACUUAAGUUUAAAUUGUCUUGACUUAUUCCAGCACUGGAUUACUUUGUACUAGCAAAACCAGCCAUAUUGGCUCAAUUAUAUCAGUAAGAAGAAAAUUUCCUUCUAGAAAUCAGUGCCUAUUUUUAAGUAUCAAAAUAGCCAGAUACUAUGAUAUUUGAUCUAUAAUAAGAAACGUCAUUUUUAAUAGUAAGUAAAACAACACGAUGUCAAGCAUAAAAGCUGCUUUAUUUAAGAGAGAUUCUGAGUGCUAGCUGACUGGAAUAAUUUUGAGGUGUUUGCCUUGCUGAUAGUUUUGGUUUGGAAUGUACUGGUAUCUUAAAAUAUUGUAUGUUUACACCUAUUUGCAAAUUCCUGUACAUAAUAUAUAUAUUUUCUAAGUGUGAAAGUCUGAAUGUAACAGCCUACUGUGAUGUACAUCAUAGUUAUAAAUGGGACUACUUUGUUCACUCUACCCAAAUAAAAUUGGUUCCAAAUUUA